UAAGUGAAGUCCAAAUGUAGGAAGAAAAAGUGGGUAGGGAAGACCUUGUGUGGGGAGCAUGACAGCCACGCUUCCACGUAUUUUACCAAACUACACACACCACUUCAUCACCCUCUUAUCUUCUCCACUCUUCUCUUCCAAUUUUCUCACAAAGCAGGGUAGCAGCAGCAAAACAACCCAAAUGGCCCUCCAAGCGCCCACUAUCUCCAUAAAACCAUCUAAUUCUCCACUUGCUCCUACACCCAAUGCUGGCCUGCGGCCACCCUCCGAUCGUUUUGCUUUGAAAUCAUCCUUCUUUUCUCCAUCGCUCCAUCUCUUGCUUCCCUCUCCCCACCAGCGCCUUCCAACUAAUACUGCCUCACCUGCACCAAAGUUUUCCAUGCGUGUGGCCUCCAAGCAAGCUUAUAUUUGCCGUGAUUGCGGGUAUAUAUAUAAUGAGAGGACUCCCUUUGAGAAAGUUUCUGAUAGUUACUUUUGUCCUGUUUGUGGUGCUCCAAAGAGGAGAUUCAAGCCAUAUCAGCCAGCUGUGACAAAAAAUGCUAAUGAUACAGAUGUUAGAAAGGCUCGAAAAGAACAAAUAAAAAGAGAUGAAGCUGUUGGGAAAGCAUUGCCUAUUGCAAUUGUGGUUGGAAUUGCAGUACUUGCUGGUUUAUACUUUUACCUCAACAGUACCAUCAGCGGAUGAACGAAAUGGAGGAAAAUGCCGUACAUGCUCCAGAAUUUGAAGGAUUAUUGCUGUGAUUUUGUGUAUUUCUGUAGAAUUUUAAUUCGAUUCACUUAUUUUACCUUCUUGAAUCGCAUGUGAUGAAACAUGAAAUUGCAAUAUUGACAUUGUUUUUGAAUGAAAACAA